ACCUCACCAAAGUCAUAUAUCCUAUUGCAUCACUCACCUUUAAACACAGUCAGAGAGAAACAGCAACUCUUGUCUGAAAAAAACGAGAGAGAGAGAGAGAGAGAGAGAGAGAGAGAGAGAGAGAGAGAAAAAUGGAUCAUGGUAGGUUAAUGGAGGAGGAUCAAAUGGCGCUAGGCUCUCAAGUGUACCCCUACACGACCCGGACACAAACUUCACAGUGCAUCAUCGUCAACCAGAUCGAUGGAUCAUCAUCAGGCGGCGAAGGAUCAAAACCCGUGAAGCGGCGGAGGAAGAGGAGAAGCAAAGGUUCAUCAGCCACCAACGAAGGAGACGUGGCGGAGAUCGGAGGGAUUUUGAGGAAGAGGAAGUUGACCGAUGAGCAAGUGAACAUGCUCGAAUAUAGCUUCGGAAACGAGCACAAGCUAGAGUCGGGGAGGAAGGAGAAGAUCGCCGGAGAGUUGGGUCUUGACCCGAGACAGGUGGCUGUUUGGUUCCAAAACCGCCGUGCACGGUGGAAGAACAAGAAACUCGAGGAAGAGUACGCCAAACUCAAGAACCACCACGACGCCGUCGUCCUCCGCCAAUGUCAGCUCGAGUCUCAGGUAUUAAAACUGUCAGAGCAAUUAAGUGAAGCUCAAAAUGAAAUUCGAAAACUCUCGGAACGGCUUGAAGAAAUGCCAACCAACAGUUCGAGUUCAUCGCUUUCUGUCGAAGCCAACAACGAUGCACAAUUUGAUUUCGAGCUUGCCCCGGAGACUAAUUACAACAAUAUCCCAUUUUAUAUGUUAGACAACAAUUAUUUACAAAGCAUGGAGUAUUGGGAUGGUUUGUACGUAUGAUUUUAUCAUAAACUAAAAUAUAUUUGGAUUUGUAUCGAUGCAAAGUUAUGUUAUAUAACUAAUGUAGAUAUAGAUGUUGGUUUAAACUGUUGUAAAUGUGGCUUUAUCAAUGUUUAUUUCAAUAUAGUACUGUUU